CGAGCGUGGAGGGCGUGGAGGGCGUGGGCCAGGGCGGGGCGAGCCCCGCUCGCCCGGCUCCGAGCGAGCUGUCAGUGUCGGGCUCGCGGCGAGAGGAAGUGCCGGGUCUCGCAGGAGCGCGAGCCGGGAGGCCGGCGCAGCGUGAGACAGCACAUCCUGCGCGCGCCGAGCCGGCCGCCCUCGGGACCCGCUCGAGCGCCGCCGCCGCCGCGCCUGGGAGCCGCUGCCGCGCUCGGAGAGCCCGCUUCCGCCGCCGCCGCGCGCGCGUCCAGGAAACCAACAUGUCUGACAAAAGUGACUUAAAAGCUGAGCUGGAGCGCAAAAAGCAACGCUUAGCACAGAUAAGAGAAGAGAAGAAACGGAAGGAAGAGGAGAGGAAAAAGAAAGAGGCUGAUAUGCAGCAGAAGAAAGAACCUGUACAGGAUGAUUCUGACUUGGAUCGCAAACGCCGAGAGACGGAGGCCCUGCUGCAAAGCAUUGGUAUAUCGCCUGAGCCCCCUCUAGUGCAGUCGCUGCAUUUUUUAACAUGGGAUACCUGUUAUUUUCAUUAUUUAGUCCCAACCCCUAUGUCUCCCUCCUCGAAAUCAGUGAGCACUCCCAGUGAAGCUGGAAGCCAAGACUCAGGCGACCUGGGACCAUUAACAAGGACCCUGCAGUGGGACACAGACCCCUCAGUGCUCCAGCUGCAGUCAGACUCAGAACUUGGACGAAGACUGCAUAAGCUGGGCGUGUCGAAGGUUACCCAGGUGGAUUUCCUGCCCAGGGAAGUAGUGUCCUACUCCAAGGAGACCCAGACUCCUCUGGCCACACAUCAGUCCGAAGAGGAUGAGGAAGAUGAGGAAAUGGUAGAACCUAAAGUUGGCCACGAUUCAGAACUGGAAAAUCAAGACAAAAAACAGGAGGUGAAGGAAGCCCCUCCAAGGGAGCUGACAGAGGAAGAAAAACAGCAGAUCCUUCAUUCAGAAGAAUUUCUCAUCUUUUUUGAUCGGACAAUACGGGUAAUUGAAAGAGCGCUGGCAGAAGACUCUGACAUCUUCUUUGACUACAGUGGUCGAGAGUUAGAGGAAAAAGAAGGGGAUGUCCAGGCUGGAGCCAACCUAUCUUUCAAUCGUCAGUUCUAUGAUGAGCAUUGGUCCAAGCAUCGAGUAGUCACGUGUAUGGACUGGUCUCUCCAGUACCCAGAGCUGGUGGUCGCUUCCUACAACAAUAACGAAGAUGCUCCCCAUGAACCAGAUGGAGUGGCAUUGGUUUGGAACAUGAAAUUUAAGAAAACCACACCAGAAUACGUCUUCCACUGUCAGUCCUCUGUGAUGUCCGUCUGCUUUGCUCGUUUCCAUCCCAACUUGGUGGUAGGUGGGACUUACUCGGGCCAGAUCGUCCUGUGGGAUAACCGCAGUCACCGAAGGACACCCGUGCAGCGGACACCACUGUCAGCUGCUGCACACACACACCCUGUGUACUGUGUAAAUGUUGUUGGGACUCAGAAUGCUCAUAACCUCAUCACUGUCUCCACUGAUGGCAAAAUGUGUUCCUGGAGCCUGGACAUGCUCUCCACCCCACAGGAGAGCAUGGAGCUGGUGUACAAUAAGUCCAAGCCAGUGGCUGUUACUGGAAUGGCUUUCCCGACGGGAGACGUCAAUAACUUCGUGGUUGGCAGUGAGGAAGGGACAGUCUACACGGCCUGUCGUCAUGGAAGCAAAGCAGGGAUUGGUGAGGUCUUCGAAGGUCACCAAGGGCCAGUGACAGGAAUUAACUGCCACAUGGCGGUGGGCCCAAUCGACUUUUCGCACCUGUUUGUCACGUCAUCCUUUGACUGGACUGUCAAGCUGUGGACCACAAAGCACAACAAGCCGCUCUACUCCUUUGAAGACAAUGCAGACUAUGUGUACGAUGUCAUGUGGUCCCCCGUGCAUCCCGCGCUCUUUGCCUGCGUGGACGGGAUGGGGCGCUUGGACCUCUGGAACCUCAACAAUGACACCGAGGUUCCAACAGCAAGUGUAGCCAUUGAGGGGGCGUCCGCCCUAAACCGUGUUCGCUGGGCUCAAGCUGGCAAAGAAGUGGCCGUUGGGGACUCAGAAGGUCGUAUUUGGAUCUACGAUGUUGGAGAGCUUGCUGUUCCCCACAAUGACGAAUGGACUCGAUUUGCCAGGACCCUCGUGGAGAUCCGUGCCAACAGAGCUGAUAGUGAGGAGGAAGGCACUGUUGAGUUGUCUGCCUAGGGGAAACGAGCCACCCACAUGCCAUGCCUCACUCCACCUUCUAGAGCUCAGCGCCUGCAGUCAUCGAUUCCACUUGUAUUCAGUGUCCAUUCAGUAGCAGUAUUGCUGUGACAUUUUGGGUGCCAUAUUGUGCCAGCUUUGCUCCGAGUAUUCCACAUGUAUCCCACCCUGUUAUCCACGGACCUGAAACUCACCAGAGCAUUUCUAUCUCUUUAUUUCUGUCUCAAAAAUGAGGCGGUGGGGGGAGCGGGGAGGGGAGCCUUUACGGGUUUAGUUGUUGCCUUUUAACUGCUUAGUAGAUGUAUUUAAUAGCUGGAAACCUCUGGUUAAAUUUGUGCUUACAUGCACUUCUGGCAUAGUCCUAUUAAAUCCAUAUGAAGCCAGAUAUGAUUAGGUGCAGAUGUGGUGUGCUUCAUGAUAUGGUACAGGGCCAAAGACUUGAGAUGUGGUGUUUUACAUGGUGACUCACAUUAUGAAUGGAUUUACUAGAAGAACAUUGCUGCUCCUUAUUUAUUGUGGUGUGCUGCAUGGAACAUAUUUAUUUGAAAGCAUUAAAAUAAAUGAUCUUAGAGCAUGUGCAUAAUGAGAGGACUGUAUUGUCUCUGCUGCUGCUGAGGUUACAUUAAGUUCCAAAUAACAAUUACAAUGUGCUGGUUCCACUGAGAACAUGAGAUCUUUAGAGCUUUGUUGCUGUGAAUGUAAUGAAUUUUAAUGCCUAUUAUUUCUACGUACUUUAACAAUAUUUCAAAUAUAGUUGGCCAUUGAUAACUUGUCAUUCAAGCUAACCCAGUCCGACAAAAGUCUGUGGUUUCUGCAUAUGACACCAGUAUUGCCAGUAAAAUGUUCCAAACCAGGUCUGCACCAGUGUGGAUAAAUCCUUUGCUUGGGGAAAGCUUGAUUGGAAUUCAGCUGUGGCGAGGGAGCUGGGGAGAUAUAUUAGGGCCAUGUUAAGGACCGAGCAUGAAUUUCCAGGCGGCCAGCUUGGGUAGACUUAAAUCAAGAACUCUGGUUCUAUUUUUCUGAGGGAAUGAGUGUGGUGCUUGGGAAAGCCCUUCUUUGUUGCCUUCACCAGAGGCCCUCCUGCCCCAAGACGAUCUCCAAUGUUGGAGUAAGAGAAACAGGGUAAGAUGGCUGAAUACCAAAUGUUCUACACACUACUUUUUUUUUUUAACACCAGAAAAUUAUGUUUAUUGCUAUUGGACUAGGAAAUAUAUCUGUAAACAACUUCAACAGAAAAUUUUUUUCAUAAAGUCAUUUCAUGCUUAGAGAGAAUUAAAAUAAAUAGUGGUUGAGUCAUGAAAAACAUUGGAGGACAAGCUUUCUGCUUUUUAGGAAGAGAAUUCCAAUGGUGCUUUAUUGGUAGAGACUCCUUGAACUGCGAGACUUCUCUUACUUCUAAAGCAGUAACAUGCUUUUCUCCGCAUGCCCUGUGGUGUACACAAGCGUGCCUUCUUACUGCGCUUGGCAGGUACUGCAGGCUUGACAGACUGAAGGAUUGCAGCAACCCUAUGUCGAGCAAGACUGUUGUUGUCAUUUUUCCAACAGCAUUUGCUCACUUUAUGUCUCUGUGUCAUGUUUUGGUAAUUUGCACAAUAUUGUAAACUUUUUCACUAUAUUUGUAUGGUAAUCUGGAGUCAGUGAUCUUUGAUGUUACUGUUGUACUGUUUUGGGGUACCAGGAACUACGCCCAUGUAAGACAGUGAACUUGAUUGAUCAAUGUUGUGUGUGUUCUGACUGCCCCACCAACCAGCCAUUCCCCCAUCUCGUUCCCUCUCCUCAGGACCCCUGUUCCCUAAGACACACAAUAUUGAAAUGAGGCCAAUCAAUCACUUUACGGUGGCCUCUAGGUGUUCAAGUGACAGGAAUUGUCACAUGUCUCACACAGCUAGAAAUGAUUAAGCUCAGUGAGGAAGGCAUAUUGAAAGCUGAGACAGGCUGAAAGCUGGGCCUUUUGCCCCAAACCAUUAGCCAAGUUGAGAAUACAAAAGGAAAAGUUCUUGAAGGGAAUUAAGAGUGCUAUUGCAGUGAACAGGUGAAUGAUAAAGUGAACAGUCUUAUUGCUGGUAUAGAGAAAGUUUUAGUGGUCUGGAUAUAAGGUCAAACCAGCCACAAACUUCCCUUAAGCCAAAGCCAAAUCUAGAGCAAGGCCCUAACUCUCUUCAAUUCUAUGAUGGCUGAGAGAGAUGAAGAAGCUGCAGAAGGGAAGUUGGAAGCUAGCAGAGGUUGGCUCCCAAGAUUUAAGGAAGGAAACCAUCUCCAUAACACAAAAGUGCAAAGUGAAGCAGGAAGUACUGAUGGAGAAGCUGUAGCAAAUUAUUCCCAAGAGCUAGCUGGCUAAAACCAUUAAUGAAGGUGGCUACACUAAACAACAGAUAUUCUAUGUAGAGAAAACAGCCUUCUAUUGGAAGAUGCCAUCUAGGACUUUCAUAGCCAGAUAGGAGAAGCCAAUGCCUGGCUCCAAAUCUUCAAAAGACAGUUUGACUCCUUGUUAGGGGCUAAUGGGGCUGACUCUCUUGCUGGAAACUAAUCUGGCUGAAUUGAAGCCAAUGUUCAUUAACUAUAUGCCCUUAAGAAUUAUGCUAAAUCUACUUUGUGUGUGCCUUAUGAAUGGAACAGCAAUGCCUGAAUGACAGUAGCACUAUUUAUAACAUGGCUUACUGCAUAUUUUGAGCCAUCUGUUAAGAUGUACUGCUCAGAGAAAAAGAUUCCUUUCAAAAAUAUUAUUGCUCAUUGACAAUGUACCUGGUCACAUAAGAGCUCUGAUGGAAACAUACAAUGAGAUUCAUGUUGUUUUCAUGCCUGGUAUGUAACACAACAUCCAUUUUGCAGAAUCAAGGAGUCAUUUCAACUUUCAAGUCUUAUUACUUAAGAAAUAUAUUUUGUAAGGCUAUAGCUGCCAUAAAGAGUGAUUCCUCUGAAGGAGCUGGACAAAGUAAAAUGAAAACCUCCCAGAAAGGAUUCACCAUUCUAGACGCCAUUAAGAACAUCCAUGAUUCAUGGGAAGAGGUCAAAAUAUCGACAUUCAUAGUAGUUUGGAAGGAGUUGGAGGACUUUGAGGGGUUCAAGGCUCAGUGGAGGAAGAGUCACUGCAGGAGUGGUGGGAAUAGUGAGUGAACCAGACUUAGACGUUCAGUCUGAAGAUGCAACUGAUUGUCUGUAGUCUUUUGCUAAAGCUUAAAUGGAUGAAGAACUGCUGCUCACGGAGGAACAAAGAAAUUGGUUUCUUGAGAUGGAAUCUGCUUUUGGCAAAGAGGCUGUAAAGAUUGUUGAAAUUACACAAAGGAUUUAGAAUAUUACAUAGACUUAAUUAAGCAGUGGCAUGCUUUGAAAGGAUUCCAAUUUUGAAAGAAGGUUGUUUUUUUAUGGUAAAAUGCUGUCAAAUGGCACUACAUGCUACAGAGAAAUUGUUUGUGAAAGUAGAGUCUAUCGAUGGUGGUAAAUUUCACUGUUGUCUUAUUUUAAAACCUCCACAGUCACCCCAACCCUCAGCAACCACCAUCCUGGUCAGUUAGCAGCCCUCAGCAUUAAGGCAAGAAUCUCUCUCUCCCUCAGCAAAAAGAUUAUAACUUGCUGAGAGCUCAGAUGAUGUUAGCACUUUUUAAACAAUAAAGUAUUUUUAA